AGCCUAGACGGUGACAAGAUGGCGGCGCUGCGGGCCAUUCGGGGGAUGGUGAACGGAGCCGUGUCCGAGCUGAGCGGCGGAGGGGCGUCGCGGGAGCAGGCGGCGGCCGUCACCCGCGACUACCUCUCCCAGCCCCGCCUCACAUAUAAAACAGUGUCUGGUGUUAAUGGGCCACUAGUAAUCUUGGAUCAAGUGAAGUUUCCUAGGUAUGCAGAGAUUGUGCACUUGACCCUACCGGAUGGAACAAAGAGAAGCGGGCAGGUGCUAGAAGUCAGUGGAUCCAAAGCCGUUGUUCAGGUUUUUGAGGGAACUUCAGGAAUUGAUGCUAAGAGAACCUCUUGCGAAUUUACUGGGGAUAUCCUUCGAACCCCUGUGUCUGAAGAUAUGCUUGGGCGUGUGUUUAACGGAUCAGGAAAGCCUAUAGACAGAGGCCCUAUGGUCUUGGCUGAAGAGUACCUUGAUAUCAUGGGUCAACCAAUCAAUCCUCAGUGUCGAAUCUACCCAGAAGAGAUGAUACAGACUGGCAUUUCUGCUAUAGAUGGCAUGAACAGCAUUGCCAGAGGACAGAAAAUUCCCAUAUUCUCUGCUGCUGGUCUGCCCCAUAAUGAGAUAGCGGCUCAGAUCUGUCGCCAGGCAGGCUUGGUGAAGAAAUCCAAAGACGUGAUGGACUAUAGUGAAGAGAAUUUUGCCAUUGUGUUUGCUGCUAUGGGAGUGAACAUGGAAACAGCUCGGUUCUUCAAAUCUGACUUUGAGGAAAACGGCUCCAUGGACAACGUGUGUCUGUUCUUGAACUUGGCCAAUGAUCCAACUAUUGAGCGCAUCAUCACACCUCGUCUCGCUUUGACUACGGCAGAGUUUUUGGCUUAUCAGUGUGAGAAACACGUAUUAGUUAUUCUGACAGAUAUGAGCUCCUAUGCAGAAGCUCUGAGAGAGGUUUCAGCAGCCAGGGAAGAAGUACCAGGCCGACGUGGCUUUCCUGGUUACAUGUACACAGAUCUGGCCACUAUCUAUGAACGAGCUGGACGGGUAGAAGGCAGGAAUGGCUCCAUCACUCAGAUCCCUAUUCUUACUAUGCCCAAUGAUGAUAUUACUCACCCUAUCCCUGACUUGACGGGCUACAUUACUGAAGGCCAGAUCUACGUUGACAGGCAGCUUCACAACAGACAGAUUUACCCACCAAUCAAUGUACUUCCCUCUUUGUCUCGAUUGAUGAAGUCUGCUAUCGGAGACGGGAUGACCAGGAAGGAUCAUGCUGACGUUUCAAACCAGCUGUAUGCCUGCUAUGCCAUUGGGAAAGACGUCCAAGCCAUGAAGGCUGUUGUAGGGGAGGAAGCGCUGACUUCAGAUGACCUUCUCUAUCUUGAAUUCCUGCAAAAGUUUGAGAGGAACUUCAUUGCUCAGGGGCCCUAUGAAAACCGCACAGUUUACGAGACGCUGGACAUUGGCUGGCAGCUGCUACGUAUCUUCCCCAAGGAGAUGCUGAAGAGAAUCCCUCAGAGCACCGUGGCAGAGUUCUAUCCCCGAGACUCCACUGCAAAGCACUAGCUGCACCCUUGAGCUCCAUCAAACGCUGGGUUUUCUUCUCUUGUGUUGGUGUUUACUUGUCAUCCCUGUAAUUAAACCAAGAAUAAGCGACA